AUCCUUUAAAUAUCGCGCGCUCUGUUUGCUCGGCCUCGGUGAUCGUAUCCACGCCACGAGCAGUCUCUAGUUGUAACUUCCUAAGUUCUUGUGAACUCCCGAUAAAAAGUAUCAUGGAGCGUACAUUUGUUGCCCUGAAGCCCGAUGGUGUGCAGAGAGGACUCUGCGGUGAGGUCAUGAAGCGCUUCGAGCAGAAGGGUUUCAGACUGGUCGCAGCCAAGUUCAUUCAGCCUUCCGAGGACCACAUGAAGAAGCACUACCUGGACCUGAAGGACAUGCCCUUCUACGCCGGACUGUGCAAGUACAUGUCCUCCGGACCCGUGUUCGCCAUGGUCUGGGAAGGCCAGGGCAUCGUGAAGAUGGGCAGGAUGAUGCUGGGUGAGACCAACCCCGCUGACUCCAAGCCCGGCAGCAUCCGCGGAGACUUCUGCAUUAGCAUUGGCAGGAACAUCAUCCACGGCAGUGACACCGCCGAGAACGCCAAGUUGGAGAUUGCCCUGUGGUUCAAGGAUGAGGAGUUUGUCACAUACACCCCCUGCACCCAGGCCCAGCUGUACGAGUAAAGACAACCCCAACGUCCCAACCCAAUGUAACCACACCCGGCCCCCGCUCCCUCACCCGCUGCACAACCCAACCCAACCCCGAUCCGACCUAACUCAACCCACCCCGACCCAAGCACAUUCAAUA